AUGUCUCGAGCAGCCUUGGCAGUUGUUCUCAUAGCCACUGGCGCUGCAGCCCAGGCCAACUUUGCGUCUGAUGGCUUCCAGUACGUUGGCUGUGUCCAAGCAAGCACUGGUGUAUUCCCAGUCAAGAUGAAUCUAGGCGAUUCCUUCACCGUCGCCCAAUGUCAAGAAGCUUGCGGCAAAAGCGGCGCCUAUGCCGCAGCAGCUGGAAACGGAUGCCAUUGUGACAAUCCUAUUUCUCACGUUGGCCUCGAUUUUGAUGUCAUGGACGACUCAAAAUGCUCACAGGCCUGUAAGCCCGGCGAUGCCAAGGCAGGACAGUGUGGUGGUCCGAUUUCGACGGAUGGACAACAGCUGUAUAAUCUUUACCAACGAAUUUCCACCGACCCAAUUCCCGCAAAUGUCACGUUGCCGCCAAUUGCCAACAAAGCCGUGGAUUUACCAACUUCGACGUUUCUAAAGACCAUCACGACAUGCCCUCCUGGAGUGACAGAUUGUCCUCUUCACAGCACGUCUGAGGACCCCCAAAAACCCUGCACCAAGGAGCACCCACCACCACCGCCGCCUCCUCCUCCUCCUGUCAAGACAAAGUUUGCAUUGCCUUGCCCAGAGAGUAAAGCAGCUCCCCCUCCUCCCUCUUCAACGACACCAUGCGACUGCGAAGAGACAAAGAAGCCGGCUCCCCCACCAAACCCUUGCCCGGGACCUGACUGCAUGGAAACCACCAAGACCGAGAUGCCCCCUCCUACCUCAAAAGCUGCUCCAGCUACUACCAGUGAGCCGGUCAUUGUUAGCGAAGGCUCUUCUCGACCAAUUAGCGCCGUCAUGGUGGUUCUAAGUGUUGGAGCUCUUGUUCUGGCUAUGGGCAUGUCUUGA